AUGGCUGCCCACUCCGAAAACCUGGCGGGCUCCGUGCCUGGCACAGUACACCUCGUCGAUCUGGAUCACACCAUGCACACCCGUCACGCCCAAGGUGGUGAUAUCGUGCUUGUUCCCACACCAUCGAAGGACCCGGACGACCCGCUCAAUUGGACACCUCGAAGGAAGUACCUUUCGAGCUUGUGUUCGAACCUCUACACCUGGUUCACCGGCAUGUCUGUGUCAACCGUCUACUCCGUGCUCGUUCCCCUUUCGACGAAUUCUGGUGUCUCAAUAUCUACGCUCAAUGAAGGAACAGGAUAUAUGUUCUUGUUGCUAGGUUGGAGUUUACUCUUUUGGCAGCCAUUUGCUUUGAGAUACGGCAAGCGUCCAGCAUAUCUGAUCUCUAUCCUCGGUUCUCUGGCAACAAGUGUUUGGAGUGCCUACGUCAAGAGCGAUGGAGAGUGGCUGGCAAAAUGUAUCGUCCAGGGCUUUUUCAAUGCCCCAAUCGAGGCACUUCCCGAAAUCUCGGUGACUGAUAUCUAUUUUACACACCAGCGUGGCACGUGGAUGGGCAUGUACGCCUUCACCCUCGCUGGCAGCAACUAUUUCACACCUGUGCUCUGUGGAUUUAUCGCGGAAUAUCAAGGCUGGAGAUGGGUGUUUUACUGGCCCGCCAUCUUUCUCGCCUUUGUCUUCGUCUUCCUGUUUCUCUUUAUGGAAGAAACGAACUACGUCCGCGCUACUGCCGGCAUUGUGGAGGACACCGACUCACCACCGCCAGAGUCUACCAUGGGAACUGAUGCAGAAAAGAAUCCCACUGCCAACGCCAACUCUUCCAGGGUUUCGACCGAGGACGGUCUCGUCACGAAGCCUCCGAAGACAUUCGUCCAGAGAUUAUCGGUAUGGAACCCGACUCCAGGCGAUAAUAUGAUCCAGCGCGCAAUUCGAAGUCUCAAAUACCUUGGAUGGCCGGUCAUAUUCUACGCCGGCUUCUCGUAUGGCUCAUAUUUGAUCUGGUUCAACGUCCUCAAUGCCACGGCAUCCAUCAUUCUCGGUGGCGCGCCAUACAACUUUUCCGCUUCCAUGGUUGGUUUAUCCUACGUCUCCUGCACCCUAGGAGUCAUCAUCGGAUCUCUUAUCUCAGGCAGACUGAGUGAUUGGCUGACCAUCAAACUUGCUCGUCGCAAUAACGGAAUAAUGGAAGCUGAGCACCGUUUGUGGCCUUUUGUUCUUUGCGUCAUCUUCGUUCCUGGCUCUCUCAUCCUAUGGGGUGUAGGGGCAGCGCAUGGAGUACACUGGUUCGGUCUCAUCUUCGCGAUGGGAUCCCUCGCAUGUUCGACAACAUUCGGUGUGGCCCUCAGUGUUAACUACCUGGUUGACAGCUAUCACGAGAUUAGCGGUGAUGCUCUUGUGGCGGUCAUACUGGUGCGCAACACCAUGUCGUUUGCAAUCAGCUAUGGUAUAACUCCGUGGUUGACCAAUCUUGGGUACCAGAAUUGCUUCAUAUCUGCCGCCUUUAUCGGUAUGGCCGCAUCAUCAGCCUUCUUCAUCAUGAUCAAAUGGGGCAAGGGCUUCCGUACAAAGAGUGCGCCGAGAUACUGGGAGAUUGUCGAGGCCAAUAAAUUGAAGGCCGCGGAAAGGUGA